GGCCAAAGCUGCUCUGACCACCAAGGAUUCUCCCUCCCAUCCCAAGCGCCUCCACUGACCUCUGACUUUUGACCUCUGGCCCCGACUGCCUUGCCCUUCCUAGAAGCUCUGCUGUAGACGUGGGUAUUGACGCCUGGCUCCCCUCGAGAGCAAAGGCUGUGCAGGGGGCUCAGUUCUCAGCCCCCCAAGCUGGCCCACCAUGGCACGGCGCCUCCAGGAUGAGCUAGCCUCCUUCUUCUUUGAGUACGACACGCCUCGAAUGGUGCUGGUGCGCAACAAGAAGGUGGGCGUCGUCUUCCGCCUGAUCCAGCUCGUGGUUCUGGUCUACGUCAUUGGGUGGGUGUUUGUCUACGAGAAGGGUUACCAGACCUCCAGCAGCCUCAUCAGCAGCGUGUCUGUGAAACUCAAGGGCCUGGCAGUGACGCAGCUCCCAGGCCUGGGCCCCCAGGUCUGGGACGUGGCUGACUACGUCUUCCCAGCUCAGGGCGACAGCUCCUUCGUGGUCAUGACCAAUUUCAUCGCGACCCCAAAGCAGGCUCAAGGCUACUGUGCAGAGCACCCGGAAGGCGGCACGUGCGUGGAUGAUAGCGGCUGCAUCCCUGGGAAGGCAGAGAGGAAGGCCCAAGGCAUCCGCACGGGCAAGUGUGUGGCCUUCAAUGACACCGUGCAGACGUGCGAGAUCUUUGGCUGGUGCCCCGUGGAGGUGGACGAUGACAUCCCACGCCCUGCCCUUCUCCGAGAGGCCGAGAACUUCACUCUCUUCAUCAAGAACAGCAUCAGCUUUCCACGCUUCAAGGUCAAAAGGCGCAACCUGGUGGAGGUGGUGGAUGCCGCCUACAUGAAGACCUGCCUCUACCACAAGACCCUGCACCCGCUGUGCCCUGUCUUCAAGCUCGGCUAUGUGAUACAAGAGUCAGGCCAGAAUUUCAGCACCCUGGCUGAGAAGGGCGGGGUGGUGGGCAUUACCAUCGACUGGAACUGUGACCUGGACUGGCAUGUGCGACACUGCAAACCCAUCUACGAGUUCCACGGGCUGUAUGAAGAAAAAAAUCUGUCUCCAGGCUUCAACUUCAGGUUUGCCAGGUACUUCGUGGAGAACGGAACCAACUAUCGGCACCUCUUCAAGGUGUUUGGGAUUCGCUUUGACAUUCUUGUGGAUGGCAAGGCUGGGAAGUUUGACAUCAUCCCCACAAUGACCACUAUUGGCUCUGGGAUUGGCAUCUUUGGAGUGGCCACGGUUCUCUGUGACCUGUUGCUGCUCCACAUCCUGCCCAAGAGGCACUACUACAAGCAGAAGAAGUUCAAGUACGCAGAGGACGUGGGGCAAGGGGCGGGUGAGCGUGACCCCACGACCACCAGCUCCACCCUGGGCCUGCAGGAGAACAUGAAGACAUCCUGACCCUCCGCCCCUGACUCCUGACUGGAUGCAGUGAGAGCCUUUGGGCCAGGGCCCUGGUGGGAUCCCAGCCAGGCAGAAGGGUCUCCCAGGAGCUCUCCUGCCCUCCCAGCCAGGCAGACACCAGGUCGCCGGCAGCGCAGGGUGGACACUGGGAGAGACCUGUGCAAUUCUGGGCUCUGGCUCCAACUCCGCACCCCCCAAGGGAGCCUCAGCCCAGCCUCAGCCACUCCUGGUCUGGAGGGCCUGGGCCUGCACGGGGCCCCACUCACACUCCUGUACCCGAGCUUUGUGCUUCUCUCUCCAGGCCCUCAACCAUCCCACCGCCUCGGUGUUUCAACACCUGUGCUCUCCAGUAUGGCAGCCACUAAUUACAGGCGACUAUUUAAAUUUAAAUUAAUUAGACUUGAACUCCUCAAACUAGCCACAUUACAACUGCUAAGUAGACACAUGUGGCCGGUGGCUGCCAUAUUGGACAGCAAACAUUUUCAGUAUCAAAGAAAGUUCUACUGGACAGCUCUGCUUGAGCCCUGUUUCUCACUGGCCUCAGGUUUCCCUGGGGGGCUUAUCAACAGUGCAGCCCCCUGGACCCACUCCAGACCUCCUGAACCAGAAUCUCCAGGGCCGGCCACGUGAUCUGCAAGGAUUGCAAACUCCGAGGGCCAUUUUAAGGACCUAUGUUGAAGAACCGCCCCUGAUCCGGUAUCAGACUUGGCCUGGGCCUGCCUCCCCUGGCAGGUGCAGGCACUGCACAGGUGUGUGGUGUGCUCACAAGCCACACGGUGUCUCCUGCACACCCCCCGCCCAUCUACACUGUGUAUUUGAACAGCUUGGGCCCAGCAAACACAACCAUCUGAACACACCUACACCCUCAAGCACGGACACAUGGUCCAUGCCACGUCACCUCCAUGGGGCUAUGCUUCUUCCCAAGUGUGUCAGGCCAGGACAGCCCCUUCUAGCCAUGAAUCCUUACUCAGCUACCUCCGGCAGCAGAGAGAGCCGUGGCCCAAUCCUGGGCUCCCUGCCUGUGGCCCAGCCCCAGCGCCCAAGGCCUGCCCGGCUCUGUCUGAACACAGGGUCUAGGGAAAGCGAGAGGUGGAGAACAAUAAAGGGAAUGAGGACAAACCUCUGCCUUCUGCACUUUCUCCAGCCCUCUUUGAAACUCAGUGUCCCCAUCUGUACAAUGCAGGUUGAGCUGGGCAAUCGUUGAGGUCCUUCUGGAUCUAUCGGUGGGUGGUGACGAGCUGACCCUUAUGCCCAAGCCCAGCAGGGCCAGUGCUGGGGGUCAGCUCCCUUCUUUCCAUGGGCAGCUGUUCUGGCAUAGCCCCAACACUGGAGUUCUCCCCAAUCCUCCACAAGCCCCUCCCAGACUGUGAGAAGCCUGGCACUGGGAUGAGCAGAGAACCUCAGGAGUGGCCUCAUGAAAGCAGGGCUGACAAGGGGCUGGCUGUCCCAGGAGGGAGACCUGAGGGAGUCCCAAAGAGGGGAGGAAGGUCUCGAAUGGAGACAGCAUGGAAGGGUUCUCCAGGGGCCCUGCUAUGGGUAUGACCUCCAGUGUGGACUAACAGCCGGAUAGACGGGGUCUCUGGGCACCCGCAUCACCAUGGGUCUAGACCAGUGCUGCCCAACAGCAACGAUGGAAAUGUUCGCUCGCUGUGCUGCCUGAUGUAGUCUUCACUAACCACAUGUGGCCAGUGAGUACCUCAAAUGUGGUGAGUGCACCUGAGGAACUGAAUUUUUAAUUGUAUUCCCUUUUAAUUAAUUUAAAUUGCCAUGCAUGCCGAGUG